AUGAGAAGACUACGUAGUCUUUGCCAUCCGGAACGACAUCGCGGGGCGACCGCUCUGCUUGCCGCAGAGCAGCAACUACCGACAGAUGAGCCUGCACCUGCCUCUCUGGGAUCUCAAUUCACCAUCAUUUUCAACACCUACAUUCCACCCACGACCAGCUCUGACGAGAAGACUGAGUUCUACGGAGACCCGCACACCAUCCUGACGUCUGUACUGAAAAUAGACAAGCUGUUCUGCGUCUGGACAGACUGCGCAGCCUGGAGGGGAAUGUUGGGUACUGAAGGCAUUUGUGGCUGCAACGACAAUGGUCUACUUUUCCUGCGUAGCUGCGGUGAGCAUGGCCUCCUGCUGAUCAACACUCUCUUUCGCCUGCCGAUGCGAAAAAAGGCCACCUGCCAACUAUGA